AUGUCGCCAUGCCAUUUGGGUGCCUUGCCCUGCGAGAUGGGCGGAACUUAGACAACAUCUAUGAUGUCACCGAUAAGUAUGAGAUGGGACAGGUCCUUAAAGCGAAGGAGUUCUGUGAGCUGUGUCUGGCUAAAGACCGACAAACCAACAAGGUGUUUGUCUGUAAGAAGUUUCUGAAGAAGGACGGGAGGAAAGUACGCAAGGCUGCCAAGAAUGAAAUCCUGAUCCUCAAAAUGGUCAACCAUCCAAACAUCCUCCAACUGAUCGACACGUUUGAGACGCGGAAAGAGUACUUCAUCAUCCAGGAGCUGGCUACAGGCGGUGAUGUGUUUGACUGGAUUCUGGACCAGGGGAAUUACACAGAGAGAGAUGCCUCCAACGUGAUCAGACAGCUUCUAGAGGCUGUAGCCUACCUGCACUCACUCAACAUAGUACACAGGAACCUCAAGUUGGAGAACCUGAUGUACUACACAGAGAACAAUCACAACAAAGUGGUUCUGCGGGAUUUCUACCUGUCCAAGUUUGAGAACGGUUCCAUCACAGAACCCUGUGGAACACCGGAGUACCUGGCUCCAGAGGUUGUGGCCAGACAUCGGUACGGUCGACCAGUGGACUGUUGGGCAGUAGGGGUCAUCAUGUAUAUACUUCUGUCAGGGAACCCUCCGUUCUACGACGAGACAGAAGAAGAGAACACAGACCUUCACAACCGGAUCAUCUUCUGUCGUAUCGUAGCCGGGGAGUUUGAGUUUGACGCUCCUUACUGGGACUACAUCUCUGUUCCAGCUAAGGAGUUAGUGUGUAGACUGAUGGAGGUGGACCAGAUGCUGAGAAUCACAGCUGCAGACGCUCUCUUUCACGAAUGGAUCGCUGGUAACGGGGCCUCAGAGAAGAACCUGAAGGAUGGAGUGUGUGCCCAGUUUGAGAAGAACUUUGCUAAGGCCAAGUGGAGGAAAGCGAUCAGAGUCACCACCUUCAUGCAGCGUCUUCGUGCGUCUGAGGCUGCUGUAGCCGAAGCAGAGGCAGGAGGGCAGGGGGGAGGAAGGAGGAACGGGGGAGUAGGGGUCAGGAGGGGGGGAGAGGAGGAGAGGGGAGGAGGGGGGAGGAUCCCUUUGAGUCCUUCCGCCAACAAUGAACCGCUCUCCCAGCCUCCCAGCCGAACUAAUGCCAGCUCCAAACCUCCGGGGGACGAGCCGAAGAAGCCAGCCGUGAAGAAGACGAUAGGCAACAUGGCCGCUGCAUUGGGUCAAACCAAAACAACCCCAGAGACCAAAACACCUCCUUCCCCCAUCGUAACCCCUGACCUCACCAAGCCCCGGGACCACGUCUCUGUCUCUGACCACGACACAGCAGCAUCAUCGUCACCUAGCAACGCAGAGAAGAAGCAACCAACCUCCGUCACUCCUGAGACUCCAACGACCCAACGAUGCAAGAUGGACGCCCAACUCCACAACACGGGCCCAGGACCUGCUGCUACUACUACUACUACAACUACUGCUGCUGCAGCCAUAGCCCCACCUGCUGGCAGGAGGCCGGCAGUGCAGGUUCCGGUAGAGGAGAAGAAGCAGGAGAUGGAUGAUAGGAGCUGGUGUCAGACCCAGCUCCCUGAGGCUGUGGCAGAGAGGCCUGCUGGAGGGGGGGGAGUGGGGGUAGGAGUGGUGUCCACGGGGGUCGGAACUGGGAUUGAGAUGGGAGGGGGAAGGGGAGGGGCAGGUACAUUUGGAGCAGGGUCAGGGUCAGGGAUAUUUGGAACAGGGCUAGGAUCAGCAGUAAGAACUGGGAUAGGGCUAAGAUGUGACGCGAGCCCCAUCAGUAGAGACCGGAGGGCAGACAGGCACAGUGUAGAGUUCAGCAUGUCCAGGGGGGCACCCAAACCGUCCGAGGGGGGCUGCAGUUACACCAUAGGGUCCCUGGGAAGCUCUCCUGGUCUAGGCCGACACACCACCACAUACGGCCCGGAGGUGGAGCUGGGGGGGUACGGGGGUUCCUACUACUCCUCUCUGUACGGCAGUGGGGGUGGAGGAGGGCUGUACGGGGGACUGGAGCACGGAGGUGUUGGGGUCAGAGGUCACGCUGACUGGCAGAUGGACAGCGUGAUCGAACAGAUCGAGAAGCAAAUGGCGGCGGUGCUGGAGAAGAUCGAGGGGGACAUGCCCUCUCUCCUGGAACAGAUCAGUGACUGCCCCCCGCCUCCCGAACCCCCCCGCGCCCCCCGCAGCGCACACACCUCCCCCUCCUCACGCCCCCGCUCCUCCCAACACCAACCAUCUCACUCCCCUACCUCUUCCUCCCUCACCUCCACUGCUACACCCCCACCCCUCCCCACCUCCCCCAGACCCCCUCUCCCCUCCCUCCCCCACCUCACCAUCCCCCCUCCCUCCUACCCGCCUCCUUCCCCGCCCACCAACUCCCCUGGUCAGCCAAUCGGUGAGCACGAGGAGAGAGACGGACAGAGGGGAGCAGUCCAUUCUAGCCAAUCCCCAUCCCCGAGGCCAGGGAAGGGCCUAUGAGUGACUAAAGUGGGCACCUGAUCGCGUUUCACUUCAUUGCAUUGCAUUGGCUUGGAAGGAGAAAACAGUCCUGCCCGACUCGUUCAGAGAUUGAAGGACAUCCCACCCUGGCACCCUGCAGAUGAACUUGUUGUGAACCUCCCAGCCACCAGGAUAAAUCACCAUAUCCCAGGAUAUUAUUCAGGAGUGUGCUACAUCACAAUGUUAGAUAGAAAUAGAUUCCCCAUGUUUUUGUGUAUCAUGCAGAUUUGUCAGGACAUUGUAAUUUAUGAAGCUUAUUCUAAAAUACAGACGUGAUUUCUAUCCCAGAGGA